GGCUCCCAGGAGCAGUACUUCUUGUUUGAUCCCUUCAGUAUCUGAGGGGGAAGAGCCCACAGGAGAGAAGUGUGAGGUGGAAGCGGCUCCUGCAGCCUCCUCCCCAGCUGCUCCCUGCUGGUCUCUCCCUGGGGGGUCUGAGUCCAAGAACAAAGUGUUGUUCCGGAGGAGCUAUGGGCCCUGCCGCCAGUGCCUUCCUGCUGCUCCUUCUGCUGGGGAUCUCAGGUGCAGAUGAGGAAAAACCAAGCAAUCUGCUGGAGUCAAUCUGUGGGCGGCCCGCAGUCACAUCUGGAAUCGCCUCAGGUCGAGAGGCCAACGUGGGCCAGUGGCCCUGGCAGGUCAGCAUCCGCCGGGGCUCGCUUCACAUCUGCUCGGCCACUCUCAUCUCCCAGCAGUGGGUGCUGACCAUGGCAAGCUGUUUCUGGUCAAUGGAUGUCACAAAAUACAGUGUAUUGGUGGGGUCACUUCAGAUCAUUGGCCUCCCAGACCCCAGAAUGACGAUAAUUCCUGUGUCCCGGAUUAUCACCCAUCCUGACUACCAAGGAAACAAAUUUGGUGCUCCUGCUGUAGUAGAACUGGCCUACCCAGUUUCUUUUGGUCCUGUUGUCCUGCCUAUCUGCCUCCCCUCAUCUGAGGUCCAGCUAAAGAAUACAUCCUCCUGCUGGGUGAUUGGAUGGAGCUAUUCUGGGACAUAUCAACAUACUAAGGCAUCUUAUACUCUAAAGGAGCUGAGAGUGCUUCUCAUGGAUCUGCAGACAUGCAAUAACUACCACCAAAAUGCAAACUUGACGAAUGGAAAUGAGUCCAUCAUCAGUGAAGCCACGAUUUGCUCCCUAAUCCCAGUGAAACACAGGGAUCAGUGUAUCGGCAACAGAGGAGACCCUCUGAUGUGUCAAGUUGAUGAUUUCUGGGUCCUGGCAGGAAUUGUGACCUGGGGAACAAACUGCAUUCAAACCAACGAGCCUGGAAUAUAUACAAACAUUAGUUUCUACAAAUCUUGGAUUGAGACGUCAGCCACCUCAUUCACUGAGCUUACUGCUACACCCUGGAUGGACCUCUUGGGGCUCCUCCCUGUUAUGCUUCUGCCUCUGAUUUUUCUGGGACCACUCUAACUGCCUGAGGUCAGCCUGGAAAGCAAGAUGCCCAGAGUGACUACCUGGGGUGAAGGAUAACAUAAACCUCCUGAGUACACUGUAUACGUGUACAUCACACUAUACCCCAUAAAGAUACAUCGUCACCUUUCAAUUCACAUGUUUUUUAAAAAGAAAGCAUUUUUUAAAAUGA